AUGAAUAAGGUAGUCGAAGAACGGAGAAGAUCUCGAAAAUAUGAUAUCCUCCUACUUGGAGCUACUGGGUACACCGGGUUGUUGACAGCCGAGUACAUUGUUCGUCAUCUUCCCGUUGAUCUGAAAUGGGCUAUUGCUGGUCGUUCAAAGUCUAAGCUAGAAGGUCUCUCUAACAAGCUCAAAGACCUGGACCCAGAGCGCGUACAACCAGAGAUCGAGGUAGUUACAUUUGACGAUUCCAGUCAACUCGGUUCCGUUGUUAAGAAUAGUAAAGUCUGUAUUAGCGUAGUCUUAUACUGGCAGGUUGGAGAAGUCGUUGCAAAGUCUUGUAUCGAGAACGGUACGGAUUAUAUUGACGUGGCUGGAGAUAUACCACUGUUGCGUACGCUUAUCGACAAAUAUCACGAUGCAGCCGUAAAUGCUAGCAUUGCCUUAAUUCACCUCUGUGGGGUAUUUUCCGGGCCGCAAGAUCUUCUCACCUGGGCUGCAGCGCGGGAGUUGGCGCAGAAGACCUCCUUGAAAACGAAGGAAUUGGUUUUUUCCGCAGCAGAGUUCGAGGCUGUUGUUAGCGGUGGCUCGGCUAGUUCAUUAUUAGCUGAGAGCACUUAUGACCCUCAAGUUGUCACGGAAGCAAAACAACCAUGGGUGCUGUCACCCAUUAAGAGACCACAGACUUCUACGCCCGCCAGUUUUUUCGGCAUGCGUAAGGACCCAACCCUCGGCUUGCUGUCGGCGUCAUCAUUUGGUGCCGUAGAGAACCGGGCAUUAGUGCACAGGACAUGGGCUCUAUUACAAGAUACAGACCAAGGGUACGGACCAAACUUUCGGUACAAUGAGUACAUCAAAGUUUCUUCCGCAGCAGAUGGAAUAUUACGCAUUCUGACAUUUAUCCUUGUGAGGGUUGCCCUAAAGUUUGGGCCCACGAGGCAUAUCUUGAGAUUGAUCUUCCCGAAACCUGGUGAAGGACCUGAUGUCGAAAAAGAGCGCUCGUCGAGAGUGAAAUUCGAGGCUAUAGCUAUUGCGGACACGAAUAGCGGUAAUGCGCCUCGUGCAUAUGCAAGCUUCUCAUAUCCCUCAGGCGGUUAUCACAUCACUGCCCUCUUCCUAGCGCAGGCAGCUGCAUCAUUACUCUACACUAGAAGUCUAGCAGGCCAGUUUUCUGGGGGUUGUCUCACACCAGUUUUCCUCGGCGAGGACUUUUGGAGGAGAAUUCAAGAAGCGGGCGCAGUCCUUCAAGUCAACAUGGUUUAA